AUGACUAUGAAUACCAAUACCAAAAGGCUCUCGGCGAUGAUUGAUUCCUUCCAUGAUGAAAGAAGCGAUGAGUUACUGUAUCAGCACAAUUCUACCCCCGGUACACCGUUAAAGAAAAGUACAAACUCAGUGUACGGUUCAUCUCCAGAAAGCUUGUCACGGCCUCCGGCAGUUCACGAUCACGGUGACUCUGGUAAAUUGAAUGCAACUCAGAAUUUUAAGUUUGGCAGUCCCGGAAAUCGAGAAAGUUUGAUUUCAGACUAUUCUGCAAGUAUUCAUGAAGGCGUGCCUGUUUACAUUAAGUCUACAACAGCAAAUGUGCGGAAAGAAGCGCCUGUAAUUUAUUCAGCAACGAAUUUCCCUCUGUCGGAAGAAACUGUAGGUGAAGGAUUGCAAUCAGACCGCUCGAGAAAAGAUGCAGCUGGUCUAGAAAAUCAUGGACCGAGAGAUUCGAUGGCGAAUCUCAGGAUUGAAGAUCCAAAUGCAAAUCUAAGGUCUUCACUGAGACUUUCAGAACCUAAACGAUCUCACAAUAAAAAGAAUUCAUCUAUUGGAUCAGGCAACCUUGCCAGCGAAAGUGGUCACUCACAUAAUAUAUCUGCCCUCAGUGCGUCUAUGGAAAGUAGCGCAGCCAGAUUUUACACCCGCGGGGCUGCAGCUGAAUCCAAUGCAACUGUACAGCCAGUCGUCGUCGAUAAAGAAGGGGCAGAAGUGCAGGAGGCAAGAAAAAGCAAGACUAACUAUAAUGUUUCUCCAGAACGUUCCUUGACAGCCAAAUCAAUUCUCAGCUCAGUUCAUGAUGGCAGCGAUGUUCAGUCACUGGUGUCUAGCAUUGUUCCCUCGCUGCGCACUAAUAUGCCUGAUCGGGUACAGAGCAAGCUUCCUGACCGCUCAUCAACCUCGGAAUACAAUCCGUCUAUUCCUCCAAGAAGCAGCAAUAGGCCAAAAUCACAUCUUUUCAUUAAAGAUGGACUCGAAGACAUUCAAAAUCAACUACAGCAGCAAAUGCUUCUUGGAGAUUCUCAAAGUGUCUCGCGCGCUAGUACCAAUAAAUCAAGCAGCUAUUUUUCUGCUGCCGACCGGGCAAGUCAUUAUAGCGAUGAAGAAGAUAAUUUCGGCAAGCCGGACGACGACAGCUAUCUGCACAGACCGCUGCCGUCUGUUCCCGCCGAAGGCGAAUUACAUCACAGCCCCGAAUCAAUAAGCCGAAACGAUACCAUCCUCAUUCCUCCAGCAGCACAAAUAAUGUCAGAGAAACCACCACGAUUACCAAGUUUUCCAACGUCAAUAAUCAAGAACAAUCAGACUUCAAGUUCCGAUUUAAACUAUAAGACUGGUAACGACGGCGAAAAUGAUGUUGAUGAUGAUUACGAGGAUAUACUUGAUGACACAUUUCAGACACCACAAAGCCCUCCAAAAACAGAGAAAAAGCUCAAAAAAUCCAAUCAUAGCGCACCGCGGCAACGGAUGCCCCAGGAAGGUCGUAGUGGUAAAAACAAGACAAAAACCAAGCGAGAAAUGCGUUCGUUUGAUAUCGACACUAUUUCUCAGAUGCUUAAUGUCACUAAGGGCACACUCAUAGGUUCAGAAUUUGCAGACCUGGGCAUGAAAACUGAGGAGAAACGAGCACUUGAGCGUCUUGUCGAUUCGCUAUCUCGGCUGACCGCUGAUAUGGUGCUAGAUCCGGAGCGUUUUGAAGAGGGUAUGAAAAGAUUGGAUAAAGCUAGUCGAGCCCUAGAAGGAUUUUGA